CCUGGCGUAUAUAAUGUGUUCUGAGCACACACACCCCUACACGCUUGUCUCUGCCCACUCCACUUACUCCUCUUCCCAACUAGCUCCCUGUUUUCUAGUCAUGAGUAUGUGUGUAUGUGUCUGUGUCUGUGUGUCCCAAUGAUUUUGCUUAGGGGAGCCACGAAUUCCUCUAAGGGAAAAAUGUGUGAAUGAAGAAGUUUCCAUGUAACAGCUCCUGGUUCCCAGAGUUCCACAGGGGUUAGCACAGCCUCUUCCCCAUAUCUUGCUGCCUCCCACCUCCAAAGUGCCCUGGCCAUACCCAGCCUCCUUGAAGUCAAGGCCAGCUUCAAGGAUCAGCUUCACUGGCAGAGGAAGAGUGUAUGGUGUAUGAGAAGGGAUCUGUUGUACAAAAAGGACCACAGUUUCUGUGUCCCCCUCCCUUGGGGCACCUUUCUUCGGAAUCACAUCUAGGAACUCUUUGAGGGCAGGGCAUGUCACCAGCAAUGAGCCCUGACCUUAUACUUUGUCUUCUGAUAGUGUCAAACAGCUCCUGGGAGACAGAUCCAUUUCCUCACCUGAGGUUCACUGGACCCGAGGCCCAACACUCAGGCACCCAGGAGAUCCCAAAAGACAAAUGUCGAGGGUUUCCUCCCUUUGAAGGGUCUGGCAGCUGAUUCUCUGCGUCCCAGAGCGUUUUUCUGCUCUGCUGGGGCACGAACCCAGGGCUUCAUGCAUGCUCUGCAACCCUCUAGCCCAUCUGGUGGUUGUUUCUAACCCCAUCCGUGUUCACCAUAAACCUGGUGGCACAGGAGGCCUCAGAGAGGCGCGCACCAAACAGAAACAACUCUCAGCUAAAUCCAUUAUGGCACCCUCCAGUUCCGCCCUAGCCCCUGCUGCUCCUCGAUGGACAGGGCCGGUGAGGAGCUCCCAUCUGUGCUCACACCUGGCACCAGGACCAGGCUGUGCGCUCCAGUCAAACUCAGGUGACUGGGCAGGCGCUGGGCACACCUGGCGCCCGUCCCCUGACCCCGCCCCGGGCAGCCGCACCCCAGAUCGCAGUCUGGGAGCGCAGGCGGCGGCAAGGCCACCGAGGGCCAUGGCGGCUGCUCCCACUGGGUGUAGCUCGCAGGGGUCGGCAGCGGGAUCCGCGUCUCCACCGGCGCCCGCGUCGGCUCCCGCGGCCGGCCUGGGCCGCUGCCGCGUGGCGCUGCUGCUAGCGGUGGCCUUGGACGUGGCGGGCAUGGCGGCGCUGCUGACCGGCGUGUUCGCGCAGCUGCAGGUGCGCGGCCGCGACUUCGGGGACCUGCUCAUCUACUCGGGGGCCUUGCUGGUCUUCCUGAGCCUGCUGGGCUGGAUCCUCUGGUACACCGGCAACAUCGAAAUCUCGCGCCAGGAGCUGGAACGCGACUACGGCCUGCGGCCCUCUGCCAUCGCCCGCCUGGCGCGCAAACUGUCCCGCCGCUGGUCGGCGCCCUCUGCCGCCACCGGUCGCCGGGCGACUCCGGGUCCCCGCGGAGCGCGCCGACCCGUGCGCACGCCCCAGCAGCCCACCACAGGCUCCCGCCGCGUGCGCCUGCAGCUCGCCACGCUCGAGGCCGCUCCCGGGGCGGCGGGCUCUGGCAGCGAGUGAACCCCAGACAACCUCACCUGCAGGACCUGACGGAGAUGUGCAGUUGCCCAGUACAUCGGCCAGCCACCAGGACACCUACCUGUCCCCCUCACUUGGAUAAAUGCUUCUGCCUUGGA